AAAAAAAAAAAACAAACUACUUUCAACGGAUGGGAACGCGGGCGGCGGCUGGUACUUCUAUUUCCCCAAAGCGCCCGUAGAAUAAGAGCAGAGCAUCACAGCAGUGAGUCUGCGAGGAUUUCAUUUUAUUCGUCCAAAAAAACUCCCAAGAGAACCUCAAUGGGCACUGACGGCAAGAGCAAGAAAGAAACCUCUUCUUCAAAGCGAGACAGAAACCGAAGCCGGAGAAGGGGAAGGUCGUCCGACUCCGAAUCCGAGUCUUGCUAUUCCGACUCUGACGACUCCGAAUACUCCUCGCCGGAGAGGAGUUCUGGAAGACGGAAAAGGAGCAGCAAAAGCCGAAGCGGUCGCCGCAGUCGUCGACCGAUCUCCAGUGAAGACGAUACCGAAGAUUCUGGCAGUAGCGAUGGGAUCGAUCGUGGUCGCGGACGCAAGAAGAAGAGCUCCUCCAGGAAGAUUACGGAGGAGGAAAUUGCCGAAUACUUAGCUAAGAAAGCUCAGAGGAAGGCUAUGCGUGUUGCGAAGAAGCUGAAGGCACAGUCAGUUUCUGGCUAUUCAAAUGAUUCGAAUCCAUUUGGCGAUUCUAAUCUAAAUGAGAAAUUUGUAUGGCGAAAGAAGAUUGAGCGAGAUGUUUCCCAGGGUGCAUCGCUUGACAUGUUUUCAAUUAAAGCUGAGAAAAAAAGACAGAGAGAGAGGAUGGCAGAGAGAAAGGUUAAGAAGAAAAGAGAAGAGAGGGCCAUUGAGAAGGCACAGAGAGAGGAAGAAAUGGCGCUUUUAGCCAGAGAACGUGCUCGGGCUGAAUUCCAAGACUGGGAGAAGAAAGAAGAGGAGUUUCAUUUUGAUCAAAGCAAAGUCAGGUCACACAUUAGGCUACGUGAUGGACGUACAAAGCCUAUUGAUAUUUUAUCUAAGCACCUUGAGGGCUCUGAUGAUAUGGAUAUUGAAAUAAAUGAACCGUACAUGGUUUUCAAGGGCUUGACAGUAAAAGAAACUGAAGAGCUUCGUGAGGACAUCAAAAUGUAUCUGGAUUUGGACAGGGCUACUCCUACACGUGUACAGUUUUGGGAGGCACUCAUGGUUGUUUGUGAUUGGGAGCUAGCUGAAGCCCGGAGAAAGGAUGCAUUGGACCGAGCUAGGGUGCGAGGGGAGCAACCUCCUCCUGAGUUACUUGCAGAAGAAAGGGGUCUACAUGCUAGUAUUGAAAAUGACGUUAGGAAUCUCUUGGAUGGGAAGACUCACAAGGAACUUGAGGCAUUACAAGCCCAGAUUGAAUCACAGAUGCGCUCUGGGACUGCAAAAGUGGUGGAAUAUUGGGAAGCUGUUCUUAAACGUCUCCAUAUAUACAAAGCGAAGGCUUGUUUGAAGGAAAUACAUGCUAAAAUGUUACGGAAGCAUUUGCAGCGUCUUGAGCAGCCUUCCGAGGGUGAAGAUAAGUCAGAAACUCAUCAUGAUUUAGAGCCUAUAGAGGAGGAAAGCGAACAGGAUGUAAAAAAUGCGGAAGCAUUCUCUCCAGAACCAAUUUUGAGGGAAGAGACUCAUGAGGCAGAAGAAGAAGCUGGAUCAUUUUCACCAGAACUUUUGCAUGGUGAUGAUCUUGAAGCAGCUAUUGAUCCUGAGGAGGACAAGGCGAUACUGGAGCGGAAACGAAUGUCUGUCCUAGAAGAAAGGCGGAUUCAAGAAGCUAUGGCAGCAAAACCUGCUCCAUCAGAAGAUAACUUUGAGCUGAGAGCCACAAAAGCUAUGGGGACAAUGGAGGAAGGUGAUGCAUUGUUUGGCUCCGGUGCAGAAGUCAACUUGGAUUCACAGGUGUAUUGGUGGCAUGACAAAUAUCGUCCAAGAAAACCUAAAUAUUUCAACCGUGUUCACACUGGCUACGAGUGGAACAAAUACAAUCAGACUCAUUAUGAUCACGACAAUCCGCCACCAAAAAUUGUGCAAGGCUAUAAAUUUAACAUUUUCUAUCCGGACUUAGUUGAUAAGACAAAGGCUCCCACAUACACAAUUGAGAAAGAUGGGAACAGCGCUGAGACAUGCAUUAUAAGAUUCCAUGCUGGACCACCUUAUGAGGACAUAGCGUUCCGAAUUGUAAAUAAAGAAUGGGAAUAUUCUCAUAAGAAAGGAUUCAAAUGCACCUUCGAGCGGGGGAUACUGCAUGUCUAUUUCAACUUCAAACGCUACCGAUACCGCAGGUGAUAUGUAGCUAAACAUGUUCUUGGUAAGCUGUUAGUUAACUUUUUAUGAUGAGAUUGGUAAAACAUGUUCUUGUAUAAAAAAUACAACCCAUGAUUUAUUCCUGAUUGCAUACCCAAUUAUAAACAAGUAGUGAAGCUCGUGACUUAGUUCUUGAUUGUCAUUGUUAGAAUGUAAACUUUGACUCCUGCAAGUCAGAAUUGUUUUAUAGAUA